CAUGGCCACCAAAGCACAGAUGAUGAGUUUGGAAUCAGUAUUAAAUGGGCUCUCUCAUCAGAGCACAGUAUCUUAUCUCGCAGACAACUGUUACAUAUACAUGGCAGAGACAGUGAUCGUUCGUGUGGCCCAAGGCAGUCUGAGAGGACAAAAAGUGAAGACAAAUGCUGGCGUAACCUACUACAGUUUCCAUGCUAUUCCAUAUGCAAAACCUCCAGUGGGACCUCUGAGGUUCAAGGUGAGUUCAGUGUUAUAAGUUUCAUAAAUACAUAGAGAUAAGAGUAUUUAUAU